AUGGAUAGUGGUCCUGAUGAAUUACGUUGGUUUGGCGUGAAGAAACUGCUGUACUUCCGAAUUCCCACAGCUUUUAGGGUUCUUAAAAUACUUGAAUUUACCGUACUUUAGGAAGGGCGAUGCAGAAGUGUGUCGGAAUUCGAAAAAUUAAAUAGAAUUGGCGAGGGCACUUACGGCAUAGUUUGUAAGACGUGUUAGUUCGCCAAUUUCUUUUAGAUCGAGCUCGUGAUACAAUCACGAAUGAAGUUGUCGCACUUAAAAAAGUCCGGAUGGAAAAUGAGAAAGACGGUUCGUAAUAUCGGCCGACUAAUCCUUUCUAGGAAUCCCAAUUAGCAGUUUGCGUGAAAUAACGCUCUUAUUGAGUGUGAAGCACCCUAACAUUGUCCAGCUAAAGGAAGUUGUAGUUGGCCGGAGUCUUGAUAGGUAAUUUUGUUCGUCGGCCGUCUUUGUAUUAGCGGAAGAAACCGUGGCUGCCUUUCUUAAAUGCGUGUCGUCCAUCGCUUUCUUCUGUUUUAUUUGCUUCAGCAUAUUUCUUUCAAUGGAAUACUGCGAGCAGGACCUUGCUAGUUUGCUGGACAACAUGCCGAGCGCUUUUACCGAGGCCCAGGUACUGUAAUUUUCCUUAUAAUUAGACGACUGGUUUAGGUUAAAGGCAUAAUGCUGCAAGUUUUUAAAGGUCUCCGCUACCUCCAUGAAAAUUACAUUCUUCACAGAGACCUAAAGGUCUCGAAUCUACUAAUGACGGAUAAAGGUCUUGUUAAAAUUGGUAAGUCGGAUAUCCUAAAAACGCUGUUACCGCACGUUUAAGCCGACUUUGGACUUGCCAGACCGUCGAACUCUCAGCAUCCAAUGACUCCAAAAGUUGUGACACUAUGGUACGUUACAUUCUUUGUUGUGUUACCCCCGCACGCCUGGUUUUAUUUCCAUACGUAGUCGCUUUUGUGCAAGUAGUUGUCCUUUAAGAAUGAGGGCUAGAGUUACGGUUAGUUCCAACCCGUCGGGUUUAUUCUAACAAAGAACACCAAAUCAAGAUAGGAGCAGUUGCUUAUUUUUAUGUUUAACGGCUGUCACCAAUGCUUGUCUUGCCGGCCGCAGUGUCUACGACAUCACUAACCAAUGUGAUCGCUCGAUAGGCCCUGCCCUCGCGGUCAGGUUGGUGUCCCAGUUCCCAUCUCUCGGAUUUGACGUUUUUCCUACGUUUCGCGUAGAAGAUCCAUCCACCCUUUCAGAUUCCACCAAUGGGGAUUGCGCAAAUUUAUAGUGACGUGACAGUAGCAUAUAUGACUGCUUGAUCUGCUUAUUUUACGCAAAAGCCUUUCCUUAUCGCCGCAGUCGACCUGACGCGGAGCCCGAUAUUCAAUCAAAUUUUCGAUCCAAAGACCGCGGAAUUGGCUGUUUCUAAAGUCGGCUUUCACAGCGUCCGCCCAUGUCUACGUCUAGCCCUCGGCGUGUUCGCCGACUACUGCCGGACGACUUGACCUUCAGGUCGAUGCAACAUAUAGCCAGACAAUUUCAUUCUGAAAGUAGGGAAGGCGUAGUUGGUAAGCCUUAUUUUUGACCAGCCGCAAGGCUGCUCACUGAGGACGCAGCUGGAAAGCCAAAUUGGGGGGUUGAAGAAUUCAUACUCCGUUAUAAACUUCGAAAGUCUGGUUACCUUCGUGCGCAUCCUCCCGACAUCUUUAUACAAGGGGUUGUCUUGGCUCUGACUCCGUUUACUCACGGCUUGGUCUCUUUACUUCAUUCACGCAGAGUCCAGGAAUUUCGAUGAAGUCCGGUGAAGACCUCGCCCAUCUCCUUGGACCAAUGGUUAGCUUAAUCUUGAUGCUGCUCCACAUGGCAGCAGAUACUGCACAGUGAUAAAGGUCAGCCUGAAGGUUCAGUUCCUUGCCAUAGCUCGGCAGUCAUUUGCAUCUGUGGGACGAUAAUCUUCGACUUAGUGGAAUUUCUCAUCAUGCUGACUUCGACUGCCCUCGUAUGUGCGUGGGCAGCAAACACUGUGUUUCUGCAUAGAGACAGCUUUGCGGCAUUUCCAAUUCAGUAAAUGUCCCCAGUGCACGAACUACAGCUUAUUAUAGCCAUGGGCCGGUCUACAAACCUAUUACGUACUCAGGCUGAGUUCAUGAGAGCACAAAGCCCUGAAAAGCUAGAGAUGGGCAUCAAAAGAGUCUUUUGCCUAAUUUCUCGCAAAAAACUCUGAUGCUUAUUUUGUAGUAAUGGAUUUAAAUUCGUUGGCUUGUUGUCAUGCAGCCCGGUCACCCCCAGGACGUUUCGACAAAUAUAGCAUCAGAAGCAGACGUAAGGUCCAUCAAAUAGACGAGACAUUGCUGCUGAUAUCAGCGGCGGUAUUCAAAGGUCUGAAAUAAGUGUUGAUUAGAACCUUUCAGCCCUGACCGGAAAGCGCACUGGUUCGUAAAUUCCUGCGAUUUGCGUUGCAAGCGGAGGUGAUUGAGAUGGGGAGAUGCAGGAAUUUCAGCCGCAAUUUUAAAUCGCCAAUACCAUAAUAUUCCGUUCUUGGUGACUUCUCGCCUUUCUCAAACGUCGGCGUAACAAGAUCGGCACACCAAUCCAUUUGCAGGAUUUCUCUUCCCUGAAUUUUGGUCAGAAAACCAUGUCCGUUAGCGACACACACGGUUUUAUUUCCUGUUCUUCCCGUUUUCCAGUCGCGUCGGGGUUCUCGGUAGGGCUUCGACUUUAUUCGUGCUCACAUGUGUAGACCUCUUAAAAUCAGACAGCAGCUCGGCAAAGAGACUAGUCUGUUGAACACAAAAGCUACGCAAUGGGCUUUUCGUGUCUGACAUUUUCCCUGUCAUCUCACAGUGACUGCUUCUAAUCUUCGACGCAGACCUAUUUGAGGACUGACGCGCCUUAAAAUCUGAUGAAUUGCUAUUGCCAUAAGCUGUAAUGUGUUAUGAGUUUCGGCGGUCUGUCUUCAGAGUUAGUUGCAGUCACGUGUUCUAUUAACACAAAUCCCUGAACGCCGCGAUAACGAGCACCCCUCAUGUUGCCAGUCAGUCCAAUAGUGGUGUGACGUCCGCAACAGCAGCACGAAAACCUAUGAGUGGAAUCUCUGGCAGCACCGAUGUCAGCGCAUAAAUGAAACUUUGUCCUGAUCACGGAACAGUUGAGACACCACGCUGAUCUAAGUUGCUUCUUCGAUAGAGACGGGGCCUCUCCUAGCACCCGGCAAUUCACCUCCACAUGAGCCAUUAUGAAGCGAGUGCGCCACGGAAAGACGUUCGACUUCUACAUUACACAUGGGCAAGACGCGGCGGCAGGGAACAUCCUCACAAUGCGAAGCGCGAUUUGCAGUCUCCUCUCUCCGGCAUCUGCAGAGAUUUGAAUGCAUCGGUUUUCACAGACGUCCAGCACUCGAUAUUCGUUUAUACGGACUGUUUACUUGUGUCAUUCACCUCACCUAGUCCCAUCACCCGUUGGUUGACAGGCUUGGACGGUUGACUGGCUCAUGGAAGAGAGAAGAGGGUGAGGCUGACACUGGGAGGACUCAUCCUCAUUAAAUCUGGUUCAUAUGAGUCUGUCAUGCCGCGCUGAUUGUCGUGGCUUGUAGACUUGCCAAGUUAUGAGGUAAAUCGGUCCUCGGAACUGAGAGUCUGGCUUCAGUGGCUCUUUAUUCUCACUCAUGUGGUGUCAGAGUCGACUUUAGAGUAUCCCGGUACAUCUGAAGUGGGUCUCAGGCCGUUUCUGGUGCACGUAUGCGUGCUGUUUAGCUUUGUCGUCCACAGUGCCCACGUGCGCCAGUCGACUUGUCGUCUUGUCAUCAGUGCCGGGUGGGUUAGGCAGAGGAGAGUGUGUAGAUGCUUCUCAAAUCUGCCUCAGUGUAAAUGAAUUUACGCGCGAGUCAGUGGUAGUGCGCCCAGCUUGCUGUGGGGCACACGAUGGACGUAGUUUCUGACAUUCUAACCGCCGUCAGGUUCGGCCCGGUUUAUGUUAUCUAAGUCUCAUUCUACUUUUGCACGCAAGUCCAGGCCAUAAGGCAGCAGCGGCAGAAAGAAUUUAAUGGCGUCUCGUUACUUUACACAGCCGUCAGCAGGCUUCCCAUAACUUCAUGAGAUAGUUGGUUAUCAAGCCAUACUCCUUAUUUUACCAGCGCUGUCGCUACUGCUCUGCGACUGAUUAUCGUACACUAGUUUGGCUGGCUGGUGCCUGGUUGUCCUCGAGGGCUGCUAACAGGCAGGCCAACAGGGCGUUUCUUUCAGGACUUCCUAUACGGGCAGUCGGAUUCACUUAACCCUUAGACAGCAGAUAAAUGGGGUCCUCCCAGUCUUGCUCGUUUGAGUACUUGAUAUUGUCUUGGCUUUCGAAAACUGUGUUAGCAACAUACACUGCUAUCUGCGCGUCAGCUAUUGAGGUGAAUUAAACGAGAUCAAUGAAGUAGGAACUGUAUUGGCUUGGUGUUUCGAAUUGGCACUCUAGUCCAUCAUCAGGAGCAUCAACAAAUGAGUGUACUGAACGUUAAAGGUCGCAUUACCAAUAGGAUGCAGCUGCUGCGCUACCGCAUACUUGUCAGGAUUAACAGCUAGCAAAUUUCCCGCGGAUGCUCGUGUUUCAUGUGAUUGGUGCCUAAUCGCCCUCAUCCCGAGUCCUUAUUUGGCACAAUUUUAUCACCAGUGCUGAUUAUUAGCGUGUUGAUGACUCGGAAAUUUGACCCACUGACUGUCACCGGGGCUGUGUUCGUUCGCGCCCUCGUUUGAUUAGCCCAGGCAAGAUCUGAGGGCUGAAAGUGGAGGCAGGUCUUUGUAUUUGUGGGGACUGGAGAUCGAGGAACCAUGGCCCAAGAGCCGGGAAAUAAAAGCGCUUUGAUCGCAAAUUUUGGCUUAAGCUCGUACAUCAAAAACGUCACUUAAGCCAUCAGCCGCCUUUUUGCGCUAAAAAAGGUAAACAUCGGGCGCCAAGCAAUAAAAUCGGAGGACCCGCUUUCAUAGCAAGAAAUGUCUUCAUUCGCUUGCCAACUCUUACUUUGUUGAUGGCAGGGCAAAUACGUCGGAGGAACUGGAGAAUUACUUCGGGUACGGAUGGCCGAACACGCGGGAGCAGUGAGGAGGGGUGGCGUCAACUCUUACGUCACGGGUUACUCGUUGAGACCUGGGAGCCCUCAAGUUUGGCGCGGCCGAAGCUUUUGAGGAAGGUGACAAUUGCGCGAGCCAUGAGUCGUUGAGUUCAUGGUUCCCCGGCCCGCAAUCCGUCAACAGACACAAUGAUCUCCCUCAACAUCCAAUCAUCAGACUGUCUGGAUAUAGUCAUGCGGGUGCGCUUGGGUUACCGACGGUUUCACUGACAGAAGCAGUGAGUCAAAGUGUAGAAUGAUAAUGCUCCAAUUACCGACACUGGCGACGAAUUUUUGACAGUUAGGGGUACGGACGAGGGCGAUUGGGCAAUCAGCCCUUCAAAUGGCGUCAUCUACAAUGGAAAUGGGGGCUUUCUAGUCUUACUAAACGCUUAAUCGCAUAGUAAACAGUUCCAUAAAUACUGCGACCCAUUUGCGUCAAUUGUAUUUAUCUUUUGCCGUCUGUGAUGCUAGGUUCGGGUACGAAUCAGCGAAGUCGAACUAAUAAAAUUCUUGUUCUAGCGAUUGCGUCUGCAUAACAGGCCCAUGGAACUCGCCUUUCCGCCACCCGCUGUUAGGUGCCUAAGCCAAAUUUAGUCUUCACGUAUCUCCGAAAAUUAAUUAUUUGGAGCACUCGCUUCAUUAUUAGAAACCGUGAUUCAUCUUGACUUUCACUCGCGCUCUAAAGCGUCGAUACACACUGGUGUCCUGCUUGAUGUCCACUUUGUUGUUGUUUGAUAGGUACCGAGCCCCAGAGAUAAUACUGGGUGACAAAAUGCAGACUAAGGCCAUCGACAUAUGGUGAGACCCUAUCUGUUCAUCUUUAUGCCUCAUUUCUUUGCAUUGGUGCAUAAGCACACCUGUUGUGUCCUGCCGUUCACUCCCUCUUUGGUUUAUAUCUUCGAACCUUGGGUCCAUUUGUGCAAAGUGGCAGUUUAGUUUGUGCUGACAAUCACAUUUUCAGUUUUGAAAUCCCCCGCUUUCUUCUCCAAACUCUGACAGCUUCAUUGGUCGCCCGUGCUUAUGAUUAAUUACGACCAUCAUCAUCAGCCCUCAACCUGGUCACACAUUGAAGCCAGCAGCCAGACACUGAAGGCAUAACUAUGGGGUCAGGUCGCUAGUUUGACCAGUAUAGAUCCCAUACAUCCCCGUCAGACAUUUGGGCUCUAUUUUUCUCACCGAUAUAUACAGUGCGUGUUGGCCAAAAUUCGGAAAUGCGUUUCCGAUUAGGAAGGAUUACCUAAGUGGGGUUGUUAUACUGAUUAUCAUGCAGCAUAACCCUAUAACAUUUCGGACUCGCCAGGAUGUCGACUUUUAAAUGCACUUCAUUCUGACCUGCAGAAACCACACUCGAUAGAAAAAAUAAUUACUUAUGUAGCAUGCAUUUUUUACUAUUGAUUUUCGAUAGUCUUAUAAAUUUCAAAUAUAUUUUACAGAAAACGUGCACACAAACUGUGCCUUCUUUUGCUCAUUUGGUAGGAAAUCACAAAAUGUGCCUUUUUUUGCUCAUUUGGUAGGAAAUCACAUUGUAUUCAUAUUUUAUGCCCGAAGAAAGUUUGUAUUUUGAUGUUGAAAAAGUUUCUUAAUUCACGAAUAAUUUUCAGCCUGAUCUUCCAUUGCCUCAGCGGUUAGUAAUUUCAGUCCAUAAGGUGCAUGCUUUCCUCGUAAGGAAAAUCAUAUUUUCUAUGCCCUUAAGAAGAUACCACAUAGAAUUCAUGAGAUUUUGCAAUGGAUCCGGAUUGUGUUGUACAUUUUAUGAGGAGCAUUAGUAAACGGACAUGUGCGGUCUUGCAUGCAUGGACAUCGCACGGUCUUAAAAACCCCUGAAGUAGUAGGUCUUGAACAAGGACGCCAGACAUCGAAAUGACGGCUGUCGACAACAAUGUCUCAAUUCUUAAAGAAUGUUUAUGGAUUCUGUCCGUAUCUUUAGAUUGUGAAGUGUGAAGGGAACUUCUAAGUGCUCGUUUAAAAAUAUUAACUUUUGCGGAGGAUACCAAAUUUAUAUUGCAGCGAGUGACCCUGUUUGUACCGGAUUGGUAUUCGCAGUUAUUCUGUGGUUACUGGACUGUAUUAAUAAGAGAGCAUCUGUUAAAUGAAAGUGGCUAAACCCUAGUUAACACUACGUGCCCUAUGUUUAAGGAAACCAGCUAGCUGUCUUUUAAACAUUGCCUAUUUACCUGUCACUUUAAGGCCUUUUGUUUGAAUUCAUGUUUUUUCUCCAACGCAUGCAUUGACUGCUACCUGUUACCUCUUCACAGUCCAAUUUCUUCCACAGGUCGACCUUAACCUAACAAGGAAGAUGACGGCCGCCAUGUCGAUGUAGGACCCGGCCAAACAAGCUUCGUUUAGUCAACUACUUAUAAAAAUUCUGCGACACGCGCAAUGUAUUUCAGCAUUAUUGAUGCGGCAAAGGUGCUUUCCUAGUACAGGUCUUUCUAGAAAAUUGCUGCUAUCGGGUAGUUCGCUUUUGGUUCCGGUCCUGACAUGGUAGCCCUCUUACUUUAAUCGGCGCUAGAAUCGUAACUCCCCCCCCCCCUUCCUCCUCAUACCAUAGUCCUGGGCAAUCCUAGGUUCUGAAGUUUCGUAUUCCACCGGCAAAUGUUGGCAAGUAGGCCUGUGUAAAGCUUACAGUCUUUUAAUAGUCGGUCGCCUCGUCUCUUAUUCGAGUGCCCCGCCAACAUGACGAUUAAUUCAUUGUAUACGUUUAAUCACUGAUUCGUUUUGCGUUUCUCUUCUCGAGUGCCCUCAUCUUCCUUUGAACUUAUGAAAAUCAUAGGUCGGCCGGUUGUAUAAUGGGAGAACUUCUUUUGCACAAGCCGUUGCUGCCCGGAAAGACUGAAAUUCAUCAGCUGGAACUUACAAUUGAUUUAUUGGGAACUCCGAAUGAACAAAUAUGGCCUGUACGUCCAAUAUGUGUUUUUACACUUCACAUGCAAUGUUCUUCGCUGUCAUUAGUCUGACACUCGUCAGGAAGCUACAUUUCAACUUUUGCCCAUGGGCUCUGCUGCACUUCGUUUCAGGGCAUGUCAUCACUUCCUCUCCUGGACAAAAUUACCCUGAAAAAACAGCCGUAAGUCGUCAUCACUUACAUUUACUCAUGCUACGCCGUAAUGUUCAGUUAUAAUCUUGCGAUUUACUGCCCACCCCAUUCUUUUUGCCGACUCAUGUCUAGGUUGAGCUCGGGGCAGACCGUUUGUGCCAGCAUACCAAGCGUUUUGGGUGGACUGGCGUCCUGUCUGGUGACAUCGGGACUACCUAUUCACACUAGAGUAACGCCCAUCAACGUGUCCCAAUAGCGGGACAGAAUUGGCGAGUCCACCGUGCCCUGGAGCUCCAGUUGAGAGCUCUUAAAGGAGGGUCUCGCGACACUGCAUAGACUGAGCUAUGAUCAGUGUCCCACUUCAGGGGCAAGAGUUUAUUAGUUAGUCGUCAGAUUUUAGAGGAUGCUCUGGUGCUCCCAUCAGUUAACCUUGGUCCACUUCUCAGCUACAAAGUUCCCACACAUUGUUGAUAAAAUCACUCAGUGAGGGAACCUACCACUAUAUCAACAAGUAAUCCCUUGGUUUUCCGGUGUCUGACCUUCCAGGUCCACCCCAUUGGGGCUGCUAUUUCAGCCCGAUACUUGCUGCGGUCUUUUCUGCUUGACGUUGACCAUUGGCAAGUUCUAACCUCGGAGUCUCGUCAUUCUACAUCUACGGACCUUCGAUUUGUUAUCUUCAGUAGCUCGCAAGCAUCGUUACGUGGCGUGAAUCGGUCGGAAGUUUCGCCCGCACCAACUUUUUGUUGAGCCCACUUCCGAUAGCUGUCUUCCACAGCGUCUUGUCCUGGCUGAACGUUAGAAAAUAAGACGCGAGACGGUCGGUCGACGGUGUAUAUUAAGAGCAAAGUGGGAGGGUACAUCUUAAUACAUCAGGAAGGCAGGAAAUCUCUAGCAUGCCUACUUAUAUUUGCAAUCUCUGUGCUUUUAAUUUGCUUCGCACUUCCGAUCCUUCAGCCUCACUUUCCAUAACGCCCUUCUUCCUGCCUUUCUAGUUACAACAACUUACGGCAUACCUUCCCGUGGCUUUCGGAUGCGGGUCUGCGUCUCCUCAACUUUUUGUUUAUGUACGACCCGAGCAAACGGGCUCGAGCUCGAGAAUGCUGCCAAAGUUCUUACUUUCGUGAGCAUCCUCUGCGUAAGUCGUCGCGUCAAGCACUUAAAACUAGAUUCAAAUGCCUGUUUUGCUGACAGAUCGCCUCCACCGUUUUUUUGCAGCCUGCGAGCCAGAUAUGAUGCCGUCGUUCCCACAGCAUCGCCUCAAACGAAAGGCAUCGCCGGGCGAUGAAAAUCAGCAGGCCGCCGUGCCACAAUUGUCUCAGGAACCCACUUCAGGGCUCUUUGAUGCAGCUUUUGACCGAAUUGUAAGAGUGGACUAUUCAUUCUAAUAUUUGCCGGCAAUAGUCACAUGUUUAUACACAGCGUUCAAUAACUUCCGCCACCACCUUCCACCCUGUAGUUCAGGUUUUUUAUGCUCUGACAAUCUCGUUUUAACAGCCACAAGUUAAUGGUGGCCGUCACAUCUAACCUUAUCCAUGACGGGCGCCUUCCGUACGCUACUUAUUCUGGUGGGAAGUUUGCCCAGUUACAGAUCUCACUAGUCGUACACCAGUUUUCGAGGCGGUGAAACCUGUUGCAGCAAUAUGCUAGCAAUAGGGUCCUUUCACUGAAUUCGGGGCGUCGCAAACUUUGUAGACUUAAAAAUGCAUUAUUUCGGUUUCUCCGCCCUCCUUUGACUGACGGGCGCCAGCAGUGCGAGCGCUGUUACAUGGAUGUAGGCUCUGUAGUUCUGUUAUGCAAAAUUACUUUCUAAUGUCACGCUCAGUGAAACUGUUUGCCUGUUUCUGCUAGUACUCCCAAUUGCAUGACACUCGACUUAUCGCUACAUACCUGCAUAUCAUCGUUUGUGGUGUUAAAUUGCUUUUUUUUAUUUUAGGUUAAGAAGAGGCGUGUAUAG